CAGCUAGCUCGCUGUGGCAGGCUGGCAGCAUGUUCCGAUCUGCCGUGCAGCGUCUCGUCAGGGCCAGCGGGAAGAGUACGGCCGACCCAGCCGCCGCCGCGUCCGCUUUCUUCCUCAGUCGCUUCUCCGCGGCGGCCGGGCCGCCAUCGCCACAGAGGCUGGCUGGAAAGGUAGCGCUGAUCAUCGGCAGGGCAACUGGGGCGCCACGUCGCCGCGGAGCUGAGCCUGCCGGGGGGGCCCGGCCCGGCGGCGGCCGUCCACUACACCCGCUGCGACGUGACCGACGAGGCGCAGGUCGCGGCGGCGGUGGACCUGGCCGUGGAGCUGCACGGCCGCCUCGACGUGAUGCUCAGCAACGCCGGCAUCAGCGGCAGCCUGGCGCCGGCCCCCGUGGCGGCGCUGGACCUGGCCGACUUCGACCGCGUCAUGGCCGUGAACGCCCGCGCCGCGGUGGCGGGCGUCAAGCACGCGGCGCGCGUCAUGGUGCCCCGCCGCGCCGGCAGCAUCGUGUGCACGGCCAGCGUGGCCGGCGUGCUGGGCGGCGUCGCGCUGCCGCCCUACAGCGUGUCCAAGGCCGCCGUGCUGGGCCUGGUGCGCGCCGUGGCCGGGCAGCUCGCGCGGUCGGGCGUCCGCGUCAACGCCAUCUCGCCCACCUACAUCCCCACGCCGCUCGUCAUGGGCGCCAUGGCCGAGUGGUUCCCCGGCGCCACCGCCGAGGAGCGCAGGCGGAUCGUGGAGAAGGACAUGAACGAGAUGGACGGCCCCGUGCUCCAGGUGGAGGACGUGGCCAGCGCCGCCCUGUACCUGGCGUCCGAUGAGUCCAAGUGUGUCAAUGGCCACAACCUCGUCGUCGACGGCGGCUUCACGGUGGGGAAGGCGCCCAAUAUGCCGCCGCCUGGAAACUACUGAGCAGCUACCACUUGCCAAUCUAAAGGCACGGUGGAUGACUUUCUAUUGAGCAUUUCUUUUUCUUUUGCGAUUGGAAAACUUAGGUAAUAUAGUUAAAAGAACUCGAUCACGCGUUU